AUGCCGGAUUUCAAACCUGGCCAAACGGUCCAGCUUAACGAUGGCCGCCGAGGCACUGUUCGAUUCGCAGGCCAGGCCAGCUUUCAGGUCGGAGAGUGGAUCGGCGUUGAGCUCGAGGAAAAGACGGGCAAGAAUGACGGCAGCGUCCAGGGCGUGAGAUAUUUCGAUUGCCCCAUGGGAUACGGCAUGUUUGUCAAACCCAUGAUGGCAACCAUCAUCGCACAAGCUCCGAGCACAAAGCCAGCCCGGAAGCCAGCCCGCCCAAACAGCUUCGCUCCUGCAGCAGUCAAGUCUGCGCCCAGCGGAGAUGUUGCACUGGCAAAGAGAAGAAGUUUGAAUGCGCCAAGUCCCAGUCCGGUCCCCAAGGUCCGACGAACCAGCUUGGUGAGGUCUCCCGUGAAAUCGCCAACGAAGCAGCUUAGUGCCACGUCCAGUGCUUCCGCCUCUCGAACAGGCACGCCCUCGAACGCAAGGGUUCCCUCCGCAUCUGCGACUGCCGGAGCUUCCAGAGCUCGCACGUCAACAAUCACCCAUCGAACAUCAAUGGGACCGCCUGCCGUCGUUGCUUCACGAACUGCGAGAGUGUCAUCCAUCUCAUCAGUGGCGUCCAGGACGGGCGGGCCUCAUGCGAGGUCUGCCAGCGGCGUCCGUCCACUUGGCCCUUUGAGGAGCCUUUCGAGGCCGGAGUCCGGCCGAAGACCCUCUGCCGACUCACAAACUGGGCGUGACAGUGGCUCUGCCGACGAUGCUGGUCCCGGCUCUCCCGCUAAGAGCGAAGCAGAGAUUCUAUCACCCCAACCGACGAGCCCUGUCGCAGCGCGCGCCCAUAUCCUCGAGAGGAUUGUCUCUCAAAGACCCCCUCCCGGGACCUCUUCGACGCCGCCGCAAGCGAGACGACCGAGUGCUCCAUCGGCACCCCGAACAACUGGUUCUGCCACGGCAGCGAAUCGUGAAAUCGAGGACUUGAAGACUAAGCUGAAAGUGCUGGAACGGAAACGCAUGGAAGACAGAGACAAGCUGAAGCAGCUGGAAAAGGUGCAGGGUGAACGGGACAAGUUUGAAGCAAUCAUUCAGAAGCUUCAGCAGAAAUACCAGCCUCAACAACAGGAAUUAGCCGAAUUGCGAAAGCAAAUCAAGGAAGCGGAAGCGAAAUUCGAAUCCAUAGAGGCAAUGCAAGCCGAGCAUGAUACUGCCCUGGAGCUGGCUACCCUUGACCGGGAGAUGGCGGAAGAAACAGCUGAAGUAUUGAAAAUGGAAGUUGACGCACUGAAGCAAAAGUCGGAAGAGCUUGAAUUGGAGGUGGAGGUUCUCCGCGAAGAAAACUCGGAAUACAGCAAGGGAAUGACACCGGAGGAGCGAGCAAGCACCGGAUGGCUCCAAAUGGAGCGCACCAACGAAAGGCUACGAGAAGCUCUCCUGAGGUUGCGAGACCUGACGCAAGAUCAAGCGGAGGAAUUGCGAGAUCAGAUUGCUGGCCUGGAAGAAGACGUGAAAGACCACGGCCGCCUAAGGGAGGAACAAGCAGCAACAAAGGAGAAGCUGGCCCAGUCCGAAGCAGCCGUCGACGACCUCAGGCAGCAGCUCGAUAAUGCCCUUGGGGCCGAAGACAUGAUUGAAGACUUGACGGAGCGAAACAUGAGCAUGUCGGAGCAGGUAGAGGAACUCAAAGCCGUCAUUGAAGACCUGGAAAGCCUGAAGGAAGUCAACGACGAGCUGGAGGCAAAUCACGUGCAGAACGAGAAGGAGCUGCAAGAAGAGCUGGACUUCAAGGACAGCGUCAUUGCCGAGCAAGCGCGACGGGCCGCGCAACAGGAGGAAGCGUUCGAAGACAUGGAGUAUACCCUUUCGCGGUUCCGCGAACUCGUCACCAGCUUGCAGAGCGACCUGGAGGACAUGCGGGCGUCGCAGGCCGUUACCGAAGGCGAAUCCGACAAGUUGAACGACCGCUCACGGGCAAUGAUGGAUCUGAACAUGAAACUUCAGCUGUCCGCGGCCAAGGCGCAGGUCAAGACGAUUGACCUGGAACUGCGCCGACUUGAUGCGCAAGAGGCCGAGCAGCAUCUCGAGAUUGUCAAGCUCUUCCUGCCGGACACGUACCAGGAGGACCAGGACUCGGUGCUGGCGCUGCUGCGCUUCAGAAGACUAGCGUUCAAAGCCAACCUUGUGGGCGGGUUCAUAAAGGAGCGCAUCAACGGCCAGCCUCACCCGGGCCACGAGGAUGACGUUCUUGCCGGAUGCGACGCCGUGGACAAGCUGGUGUGGGUGUCGGCCAUGUGCGACCGCUUCGUCAACGACAUGAGCCACUGCACCGUGGACAAGUUUUCCAAGUACCAAAACUCCCUGCUGGAGCUGGAACCGGUGGAGCGGGCGCUCAACGGGUUGGUAGACGGCCUGCGCCGCGACGACCUCAAGGAGAAGAAGUGCGCGGAUGACCUGCAGCGGACCAUUGCUCUCAUGUCGCACCUGGCCGAGGUGCACGUUUCCGACGACCUCGCGAGCUUGGCCGACGACAUGCACAUGUCGUCGGUGAUUGUCCAGAGCCACCUGGACACGGCGGCGCUGUGCCUCGGCAUCGUACGGGGCAUGGUGCAGCGGGCGCUGCCCUCGGAGGGGGAGCCGGAAGACGAGGCGGCCCAACAAGUGCUCGCGAAGAAGCUCGAGGCAGCCAUGACGCAGACCAGGAGCACCAAGGUCGUGUCCGCAAAGACGGUGCGUGCGCUGCAAGACCUCAAGGCGAGGUCGCUGUGCCUGCCCCCCGACACCAAGGAGGCGCUCGACAAGUGCGCGACGGCCACGGGGGAGCUUGCCAGCAUGGCGCGAACCGUCGGCGACGGCGUCCACGCCUUGCUCACGCGGGACGAGGGCCGAGCCGAGCCGUUUACGCUGGCUGAGGUCCAAGGCGCCAUCCACCAAGCAGUGCUGGACGCCACAUGCACGAGCGAGCCGGACAGCUUGUCGGCGUACCUGGGCAAGCUGCGCACAGUCACCAGCCAGAUCAACGAGCUGGCCGCCCUGGCCGCGGAUCUCGGCCGGACGCAGGAGUUUGACGUGCACGCGGCCCCGUGGAAGCUCCGAUGCCAGGAGCUCCAGGCUCUCAAGACGGUGCCCGUGGACGCCGAAGAGGAGCUGCGACGGCUCAAGGAGGAGCACAACGAGGCGCGCAGGACCAUUGCCCAGCGCGACGAGCACCUCAGCACCGCAACGCUCAAGAUCGAGACGCUCGAGUCGCGGAUGCGCGACGCCCGCGCCAACGUGGAGCGGAUCGGCGGCCUGCAGUCGCGGCUGCAGGCAUCCGCCGAGCAGGUCGCGAGCCUCAAGGAGGACAUUGAGAAGCAGGACCGGGAGCUCAAGACGCUCGAGGGCGAGCGCGACAAGUGGAAGAAGGUGGCGAGCGAGAGCCGCGCCUGCGCAGACGGGGCGGGCGGCGCGGCGGGCGCCAAGGCGGGCCAGGAACGGGCCGUGGCCACGGCGCGCGAGAUGGACGCGCUCAGGAGGGACGUCGAGAGCCUGCAGUCGGCCGUGCGGUUCCUGCGCGAGGACAACCGCCGCGCCCGGCUGGCGGAGCAGCACCGCGACCACGACUGGCUGGCGGAGCCGCUCAAGAAGCCCGCCGGCGUGGCGGAGCAGCGCCGAGCGCUCGUCAUGGCCGAAGGCAAGGACGCCCUGGGCGAGCUGGUCAAGCUGGCCACCUCGGCCACCGUCUUCCGCUUUUCCGACCUGCCCAAGGACAAGCUCAAGUGGCGGCCGGCCCGGUCCACGCCCCAGUACCACUCGGCCAGGCAGCAGGAAGACCUGGCCGCCUGGAAGUCGUGGCAGGGCUCGGUGCUCAAGAAGUCGUCGCUGGUCGUCGGCCACGCCGGCACCCGCGUGGGGGGGGGUCCCGCCGCGCAGCUUCACAUCAGGUUCCCCGACCGGGGGGGGAAGAUGCCGACGGGAUCGGGCGCCGGCCGAGGCGUGCACGUGGUCGACUGCCGCGAGUGGGAGGCUCUGCAGGGCAACAGGAUUGCGGCCAUGUAA